UUGGGACUUCCCACUCUUCUUUAGCACAAAUCAGACUUGAGCAAAAACAACUUUUUCCAUAGGAUCAGUUAUAAAAAGAAUGGCAAGGGCAAUGACCAACUUAGUUUAUUGGUUUUAUCAGGGAAAGUAGACUCACCAAAGGCUUGCGAACAUUUCUGGUCAAAGCACUGGCUGGCUUAUUCAUCUCUAUAUGGUCAAUCGUGGUAUUUCUCCAGGACCAAAGGCACGGACUGGUUAGUGAAGAAUGCUGUCAGAAGGCUAUCUCAGUGGACUUGCGUACCGGAAUGACAUCCAGUGGAGUUAUCCAUCUUCUAAUGAGCAAGUGGCUGAGGAAAAGGAAGAGGAGAUGGAAGCCACAGCAGCUGCCAGUCUUUCCUAUUCCUCCGUGGAUGAAACACAAGUCCAAAAUCUCUAUGUGAGCUGCAAAUCCUCUGGCAAGAUCAUUUCUUCAGUGUAUUCAAGAGAGAGCCAACAUAGUAGAAAUCCGAGAAUCACAGUACUGCAAACAAACCCCAAUCCUGUGUAUGAAAGCCCAAACUUGGCCGCAGUUGAACUAUACAGAGACACCAGCAAAGAGACCUACUUGGUCCCACCUUCCUGCAAGAGUAUCUGCAAGAAUUACAAUGACUUACAGAUUGCAGGGGGCCAGGUGAUGGCCAUUAAUUCAGUGACAACCGAUUUCCCCUCUGAGGGCAGUUUUCAAUAUGGUCCUUUGCUGAAAUCAUCUGAGAUUCCUUUGUCCAUGGAGGAUUCCAUGUCCACUCAGCCCAGCGACUUGCCACCCACCCCUAUCCAGCGGUAUUCAUCCUACUGGAGAAUAACCAGCAUCAAAGAGAAAAACAGCCUGCAAAUGCAGAAGCCUAUUUCGAAUGCGGUGCUGAAUGAAUACCUGGAGCAGAAGCUGGUGGAGUUGUAUAAGCAGUACUUUAUGGACACUGGGUUUCAUGACAGUUCACCUACCCAGAUUCUGGCAUCUGAACUCAUCAUGACAAACGUGGACCAAAUCAGUAUUCAAGUCUCUAUAGAGAAGAACCUGGAGAUCUCGAAAGCCAGGGAUAUCGUCAUUAACCGCCUAUUACAGUAUGGGUCAACCGAAAUCAGCACACCGAGUCUCCAUAUUUCUCAGUAUAGCAAUGUGAAUCCAUAGAGAGGGUGCUUCCACUGCUCUUUCUCAACUACUCAAAUCCUAAGCAACAAGUAUUCAUUUAUUCUGAGAAUGUGCAGGAAGGGGUUGGCAAGGGGUAGAGAAGAAAAGGUUGGUUGCAGAUCAGGUAUGAAUUAAGAGGAAAUCUCAUAAUAUUACACGUGAAGGAAUGUGGGGAGAGGAGCUAUAAUGACUUCCAAGUGAGGGCUGUACGGAAACAAAGCAAAAAUAAAAAUGAUCAAAAAAGAAGGUAUGAUUCAUAUAAGGGAAUACAGAAAAGGAAAAAGAAGACAAACCAAGUAAGGACACAUACAAUGUAUGGAGAGUCCUUAAAAAACCGCCAUAUGACUCAGCAAUCCCACUCCUAGGCAAGUAUCCUGAGUAAACCAAAAUUAAAAAAGACACACGUAUCCCACUCUUCAUUGCAACACUAUUUACAAUAGCUAGAACAUGGAAACAACCUAGAUGUCCAUUGAUAGAUAGAAUAGAUAAAGAAGUUGUGGUACAUAUACACAAUGGAAUAUUACUCAGCCAUAAAAAGGAACACAUUUGAGUCAGUUCUAAUGAGGUAGAUGAACCUAGAGCCUAUUAUACAGAGUGAAGUAAGUCAGAAAGAAAAAGAUAAAUAUCAUAUAUUAACGCAUAUAUAUGGAAUCUAUAAAGAUGGUACCAAAGAAUUUAUUUGCAGGGCAGCAAUGGAGAAACAGACAUAGAGAACAGACUUAUGGACAUGGGGAGAGGGGAGGAGAGGGUGAGAUGUAUGGAAAGAGUAACAUGGAAACUUCCAUCACCAUAUGUGAAAUAGAUAGCGAAUGGGAAUUUGCUGUAUUGCUCAGGAAACUCAAAUAGGGGCUCUGUGUCAACCUAGAGGGGUGCAAUGGGAGGGAGAUGGGAGGGAGGUUCAAGAGGGAGGGGAUAUAUGUAUACCUAUGGCUGAUUCAUGUUGAUAUUCGGUAGAAAACAACAAAAUUCUGUAAAGAAAUUAUCUUUCAAUUAAAAUAAAUAAAUAAAUUUAAAAAAGAAGAAUGCACACCAUGGCAAAACUAAAAGCCAAAGGUUUCAGGGUAGGGAGUUAAGCAUAUGUUUGUCACCCAAGUAAAAUCCUCCAAGUUGUUUCUUCUUGAAGGAAAUGGACCACUGAAGGCUGCUACAUUUGGGUAGAAAGACAGGUUCAAACAGUUUUCAAAAAAUACAUUUGUAUCUAUUUUCCAGAUCAUUUAAAAAUAUAUUCUUUAUAAAGAUGAAAAUAGUAGCUAAUUGCAAUUGUGCUUUUAUUUUUUUAAUGAUUACUUAGCUACAACCUCAAAUACAGCCACUCAAAUCUGAUUCUGUUUACUGGGAGGAUGAAGUUCUCUAAAAGGGAAAAUACCACAUAUUGAACAUUAAACUACUGCUUUAUUU